AUGACCAUCACGCUAGAUGAUGUUUCACGUCUUCUUCAUGUACCGAUUAGGGGCGAGCUGGUUGACCCCGAUGUUGAUGUCACCGAUUAUGAUGUUAUCCAUCUAGCUGUUGAGUUGUUUGGUGUUUCACUGAGUGAUGCAACUACAGAGGCUUCUGCUGUAAGGGGUCCUUACUAUAAAUUGGAUUGGUUGAAGCAAGUUUUUGAGCAACAAAGAGCUGCAAAUAACUUUACAGGCGCUAUGAGAGCAUACAUGAUGUUGCUAUUAGGUUGUACUAUUCUUGCCGACAAGACUUUUACUCUUGUCGAGGCAAAAUAUCUACCACUGUUGAGAGAUUUGAAUACUUGUGGAAGAUAUUGUUGGGGGGCAGCUGCACUGGUUACUCUGUACAGAUACUUAGGGGAUGCCUCAUUUUAUUCAUGCAAGCAGCUUGGCGGUUAUGCCUCUCUUCUUCAGUGUUGGAUUCAUGAGUACUUUCCAACUGUUGGAGAGAGAGGUACUUCUGGGUUAUGUGGCAUUGAUAGUCCGAUGCGCCCUUUUGAGGAUCAUAGGGUGCACCGUCCUUUUGAUGAUAUCUGUUUGUACCGGGGUGGUUUGAAGUGGUAUAGUACUGUAGUUCUAUAUUUACCUGACAGAUGCAUGCGUCAGUUUGGAUACAGACAGUACAUACCGACUGCUCCUCCUAAUGUAGACACACUUGAUGUGGAUGUUGAGUGGGCUACAUAUAUGCAGAGUGUGUUGCAGGUGAGCCGAUCCCACGAUGAUCCCCCAGCUGCGUUUGCCACCAUGCCAUAUGAGACAGACGAUGAUUAUUUGCCGUGGUAUUAUACGGUGUCACAUCCUCGUAUAAGAGCACCACAGGAUGAUCAGCCGAUGGAGGUACCAGUGCCUGUCUAUGACGAAGGACCUUCAGACCCGAGAUUAUCAUAUAUAUCUCAUGAGCUUCAUCAUUACUUACAGCGUCAUCAGGCUGUUCCUGAAGACGAACAGUUUCUGGAGAUAUUUAGAGCACUCAGACUUGCACAGGGCGGACCAUUACCUAGGGAAGGUCCAAUUACUUAUGACAAUGAGUCUGAUUGA